AUGUCACCAACCUCUAACAGCCCGCUCCCUACACCCAGCGGUAUCUCCAAGCGCGCAGCCCUAACCGCCCUGCGUGGCCUGGUCGUCGGCACGUCAUGCACACUAGCCCUCAUUGCCGAGGACCGGCGGCGCAAGAUCAACAAUGCGAUGCGCGCGGUUGAAAACGGGGAGAGGAUCAAGAAUGCGAGGGCGUACCAUAGGGCUGUCAUCGUCAAUGGUGGCCAACAGAAGAGAGGGAUAAGUACGAGCAGUAGGGGCGGUGUGGUGGGAGGGAGUAAUAGCAGUGCUGCGGCGAUUGCGCUGGCGCUGGGGGUCGAGGAGGAUGCGCUUGUGGAGGCAGGACUGGUUACGGCUGUGCCGCCAAUGAAGAUUUUGAGGGUCGAGAAGAAAGAUGACAAGGUGGAGGAGCCUUUGCCGGUGGGGAGGAAGAAGAAGGUUGGUACCUCGGGGAGGAUUGGGAUUGAGGAAGAGGGGGAGGAAGCGGUCUUGGGGAAGUUCGGGCCUGGGGAGGGUAGGGCCAAGGAGGUUGCGAAGGUACAGAGGCAGCAGACACAACGGACGCAAACAUCGACACAACACCAGCAGACACAGCCACAGCCGAUUAUACCGAUACUGAAGGCCAAACCGCCGUCGUUUAGCGUCCCAUCUGAGGUUAAACGACCACAGCCGAUCCAGCCGCCCUCGCUCAACUGGCUCCGGUCACCGUCCCAACUGGCCAAGGAGUUUGCUUUCCCCAGCAAUGAUGAGAUCGUGGCGAUGGUGCACGAGUCGUGCGCCUCAAAAGACAGGCAGAAGGUCGCCAACGCCCAGCGAACCGUGCUCGAAGCCAUGCUGGAAAACCUCGCUCCCGACAACCAGCACCAAGCUUGGAUGAAAGCUACCGCACUCUUGUGCAGGACAUGUCAGGAACUGGGUAUGAUCGAUAAGGCUGCUACCUUGCUGCAGCAUAUCAUCAACCGCGGGCCGAUCGACGAAAAAGUGUACAUGGAUCAUGAGCCCUUGACGCUGAUCGAGACACUUCUCUCGCGGACCGACCCGGCCACGGUAUCCCGCGACGUUUAUCUACAGAGCAGCCUCGACCCAGCCGUCAACCUGUACCUACCAACCUACACUAUCCGCCCCUCCGGGCCCAACCCGCGAGUAUACGAAGUCGGCUGUCGACUGAUGGAGGCUGCUUUCGCAGCCAAACGCACACACCGCAUAAUGGGCAUCUACCGGCGGUGCAACCUGAUCGCGGGAGACGAUGCCGAGCGGUUGACGUCAUGGUUCCUAACAAAACUUUACGAGCGGCACGAUUACAAGGACGCAGUCAAGCUGUUCCUCUCGACCUACGCCCUUGCAAACCCAGCCGAACCCAGAGGCAUUCACGCCGUGGGGAGUGUCAUCGUCCAGUGCGUUGAGAACGCGCAUAACUACCGCCCCGCGGAGGUAUUGGCUGUCUUACAGAAGGUUUGCGCCGGGCCGGCGAAGACGAAGCUCAAUCCCAAGUGGGUGAUGAAGUUGAUGGUUGCCAGGUGGCGCGAGACACAGGAUUUUGGGAAGGUCGAGGAGAUGUUUGACUCACUGCGGGAGCCGACCCUUAAGGAUAACGUCUUCAAUGCCAACUCGCUCUACCGUGUUAUGAUCGAGCUCGCGCUGGAGGCUGGCAACGAGACGAAGUCGGAAGAGUACUUCUUAGAAGGGGUCCAGCAAAACCCAGCGUUGGAGUCUGAUAUUAGAGUUCAAGGCAUCUUUGCGCGGUUCUAUGCCCGUGACGGCGACUGGGCUGCCGUGCGCACGGCGUUCGAGGCAAUGCGCGCAAAGGAGAAGCAACCUUUAACCGAGAGAGACCACAGAGCCUACGCCGAGGUCUUCGUCCCGGUGCUCAAAGCUUACGCAGAAACCCACUCCAUCCGAGAAACAGAGCAGUUCGUCCAGGAGUACCUAGACGACUUAGCCGUACCCCUCUGCAGCUACACCGUGACCCUCAUGGCCAAGCACUAUGCCGCGGUCCGCGAUGUCGACUCGCUCAUCGCCUGGCUCGACCGCUGCUCCCGUGCCGGCUUCCCCAUCGACGCCGCCUUCACCAACGCCAUUCUCGUGCGCUGCCGUCGCCAAUGGAACUUUCCCUUCCGCGAGCUGCGCCUCCUGUUCCGUCGGCUCCGCCAGCUCAACCCGGCGCUCAUUGACCGUCACACGGAGCAGGUCAUGGCCGUGGCGGCGUUGCAGGACGCGAGGUACGUGGGGUGGCCGGUGCUGCGGAGGUUGUUGUCUUUGAAGCUGGAGCGGACGAGGCUGCCCACGAGAGCGAAGUGUGUGCAUGCGGAGGAUAUCCUGCUCAACAUGAAGGAGGCGUUGUCCCUGGGAAGGCCGGGGACGGCGUUGAGGCUGUAUCGCCGGGCGAGACACACCAGUCUGCCGCUUUCGCCGCAGGCGUUGAGGCUUGCGGUGAGGGCGAGGUUUAGGCUAGGUGGGCCGGCCAUGUGGGAUGGGGUGUUUAAGCUGAUUAAGGAGGCGGAUGCUAAGGGAGAGGAUGUCACAAGCGCGAUUAACUACGUGCUGGCAAUGCGGCUGGGGGAGGUGGCGUCUGCGUCGGCGAUGGACGGGCAGGAGGUGUAUGCCGUGGUUGAGCGCACGCUGACACAGUUCCAGCGGUACGGGGUACGGCUUACGGAAGCAUCGCUGCAUCGAGCCGCGCUGGCGUGCCUUGCGGCAGGGCAUUUCCAGGCUGCGGUUGGGUAUGCGCUUAAGGCGGCGGAAGUGAGGGCUUGUCCGCAGACACCCGAUUCCCUGCCCCCGUUGAAUGGGGGUGCUCAGGUAACACCAACGCCGUGUUUCAACUUGCAGAACUUCAAGAUCCUCCUUGCUGCCUAUGCAUCUCUCCUCGACUUGCCUUCCCUCCGCGAUACCAUCGCCCGCGCGCUAUCCAGCCCCUACCGCGAGCACAAAGCUGUGCGCUCGGCGCUGCGGCAUGCCCGACUGUGGGCUGCCCAAGCUAGGGGGUGUCCUGCGCCCAGUGACACGCUAAGGAGACAGGCCAGGGAGAUGAUUGACGCGGGGAUAAGGCAAAUAGUUGAGAUGAGGAGGAAGUUGAGGCAGGAGGGGAAGAGGUUUGAGCGGGAGGCCAUGAUGAUUUUGAAGAGGGCGAUUGGAGAGAUGGGGGUUGCGGAGCGGGGGGAUAGGGGUGUGAGGUUGCCCUGGGAAGAGAGAAGGCUGGUUAAUUUUGUUGGGAAGGAGGAUGAGGGAGAUGAGGAAGAUGAGAGGAGUGAUGAUGAUGAUGAUGAUGAGUUGGAGGAGGAAGUUGUAAGAGUGGCGGGGCAGCAGACAACAAAAGGGGAGGAUUGUUUUGCGGAGUUGAGGAGGGAGAUAGAGGGGCAUGUUAAGGCACCGGCGACGGUAGAGGCGUUUUAG